AUGUGCAGGGACGAGGCUGGCGUCGGCUUGCUGCAUAAAGCCGUCUUCUACGACUACAUGGACAUCGCAGAGUAUCUCGUUAAGAAUUACCCGCAGCUGGUGCAUCAGAAGGAUUCUGAAGGUCGUACGCCUUUACACUACUCGGCGGUGAGUCGGGACUCUGCUUCGCUGGCCGCGCUGCUGGAGGGCGCGGGGGCGGCGCGGGGCGCGCGGGACGCGGCCGGCCGCACGCCCGCACAUUACCGCGGACAAGCGCGCGAACUGCUCGCGCUACCCGACGCCAUGGCGCGCGACAACAAGAACGCAGGUCUGGUGAUUAAGCGACACAACAUAAGGAUAUGGUGCCAUGACUGUGACAUGGCGCGUCUGCAGCGCGUGGUCUGGGAGGGGCACGGCUCGCGACUGCUCAGCGAGGUCUCCAACCAGCCAGUCGUGAAGAAGUUUCUCGAAGCUGUUCCUUAUAUCAUGAAUACCAUCAGGGACAUUCACCAAGCUGUGGUACAGAAUGAUCUGGAAGGUCUGAUGAAGCAUGCUGGCGAUCCUGUUCCCCCACAAGCCCUAUCAAGUAGGGAUGCGAACAAUAUGACUGUCAUGCAUAAGGCGGCAGGUUUAGGCCACGGCGGUAUCUUGAAGUACAUUGCUGAAAGGUAUCCACAAGGUAUAAACGAUGUAGACAAUGAUGGCCGCACACCACUACACUACGCUGCAGCCAUGCGAGACGACCAGCAUACAUACAACACACUAGUCAGUCUUGGGGCUGAUGAAAGUGUCGUCGACAACAAAAAUAAAACACCAGGCUAUUACAUAAAUAGGCCCCAGGAAAUUGAUAAAAAUAUUUUCAAAACACUGCCUGAUGCGCCCAGAACUCCAUCAAGUGCCUACCCAAGUUCUUGGGACUGGAAGUUACUGGACACUGAGGUCAUAGCUGAACUAAAUAAAAAAUCUAGGAGGAAGAACCACAAAGCGUCCAAUGAAAACAUUUCGUCAAAUACUAACACUAACACAAUUUCUGAGAGUACAGACAAUCGUAUUGGUGGGAUGAAGGGCAGUAGCACGCAUGAACUCAUUAAUAAUUUGCCUGAACUAGAUGAUGCAAAGCAAACGAAAGAUGAUAUUGAGAAUCACAUUGCAAAUGUAGAAAGUAACAAGGAAUCAGAAGUAGGGGAAGAAAAUCAUGAACAAGAAGAACAAGAAACUGAACCAAAUGCAGAAGAAGAAACUGAAGAACAACAAGAACAUGCAAGUGAUGCCGAAGAAGCAGUAGAACACGCUGAGGAACAUGCUGAGGAACAUACUGAGGAAUCAAAAGAACCUGACGAAGUAGCAGAAAAUACAGCUAACGAGUCAACUGAUCACGUAAACGAACCAGCCGAUGAUGAGAAAUCUAAUGAACAUAUUGAAGAAACUCCAGCAGAUAGUGAUCAAGUUGCUGAAAAUAAUGAACAUAGUCAUGAAAAUUUAAACGAAGAAAAGAAAGAACCUGAGGCAGCAACAGAAGAAACUGGAGAAGUUGUAACUGAAACCAACACAGAAAAUGAUAAUGAGGAGAAAGUCGAAAAUGAGGAGACCGAACACACUAAAGACAAUGAUCAUGAGCACGAACAUAAAACUGACGAUGACGGUGCAGAACAAAAGUCUGACGAUAAAGAACCAGAUGAAGACUCACAUCCUGAGACGCAUGAUCAACCAAAAGAAGAAACUCAGAAUAAUGAAUCGCAUACUAAUGAACAUGAAAAUGAUAAUCAUAGAGCGGAAUCUGCAAAACAUAUUUCUCCACAUAAGGAAGGGAAUAAAGAUAACGAAUCCAAUCAUGAUGACAAUGAAAGCAAUGCAGAUGCAGAGGAUUUCGGUGCUGCUUCAAACGAAGGUAAUACCAAUGGUGAACACACAGAAGAUGAUGAUGAUGUUCAAGUGCAAGGAGAAACACAGUCUGAAUAUAGUGAUUCGAAUCUUAAGAGCACAGCAGAACUGCCUCACUUGGGAAGUGCCAAGAGAGGAAACGUGACCGACGGCCGAAGCACACAGGAAAGUCUUAUAGAAGGUGUAGUGAAUGGUGAAGCUGAGAUGGACUCACAGGAUGCAAGUAUGACGCAGAGAGAUGGAUCAGUGCACGGAGAAGUUCUCGUAGUUGACAAUGAAAUAGAUCCAGAAGUAACUGAUUUAAUUAACAAUGCAAACAUGGAAAUGUUAGCCACAUUAGUCUUAAACGGGGAAGGAUCUAGGCUUAUAGGAAGGCAUUCUAGAAACUCUGAACUGCAAGCGUUCCUUGAUAAUGUACCAACUUACAUGCAAAAAAUAAAUAAAGUUCACGUAGCAGCUAGAGAAGGCAAUAUAAGAGAUCUGCAAGCAGCUCUGGACAGACGAAAAUUUGCAAUAGCUCGCGAUCCAAUAUCACCCAAUGGAGCAACCCCAUUACAUGUGGCAACUAUAUUCGGGAAAACCAACAUUAUCAAAUAUUUGGGCGGCAGAUUUCCUGAAACCCUGUCUGCGGUAGACUUUGAAGGAAGAACAGCCUUACAUUAUGCAGCCGUCCUACCAGAUAAUGGACACUACUACAAUCUACUUCAACAACUAGGUGCCAACUCGAAAGAUUUAGAUGAUAGCGGAAAAUCAGCUGAAGAAUAUCAAAAAAAUCCAACUCUGUUACCUUUUCAUCAAAUGUUAGCAGAUUAUGGCAUAAGUGAAGACGCAGCACAAGAAAUGUUCUCAGAUAAAGUGCCCGAGGAUCAAGUCUCAGCCCGUCGAGCUCUGGAUACACCUGAAGCUUUGGACACCUUGGAACGAUGUUACCACCUGUUAGCAUCUGCAAGACCAGCUCGCACACCGUUAUCUGCAUCGUCCAACAGAGCUACACCACCACUCGUACUUGCACGGUUCCUAAAAAAGCCAAUUUUCGAUGUAAUAAAAUAUAGAAUUACAAAAUUAGACCACGAUCUCUUCGAUGUCAUCUGGCCUGCUGUCAAAAAACUCCCAGAUAGCAGAAAUAUAAUUCAAACUGUUGAAGAAGACUUUCCCGGAGGAGUCACAGCCCCUGAUUAUUAUGUGUAUGACGUAUUCAAUGAAUUUUUGAUACCACUUGUGAAAGAUCUUCAUAAUAUUAAUGUUAAUUCUGAAUUGCCAACACACCCCACAUCAAACUUUAUGGGUACCUCAUCAGCCAAACUAUCUGCUGAGCCUCUAGUGGAAAUAAAUAUUGACCCCAACGACGAAUUUGUGCUAUCUGGAGUAAUAGAAUGUUCGCGCAAUUUGGAAGGAUUUGAACUUCCAUUGAAUUUGAAAGUGGGUAAAUUGGAAACAAUAGAAAGGAUUGUAACCACACUCUUGAUGAAAGACGAAUUUUCGAAGUUUAGCGAAUUUUCUAACCCUGAAUCCGACCAAAAAGGUGGUACAUACUACACGUUGAAUGAAGUUUUAGAAAAACCGUCAGAGAUAUGUGCCACAUUAGCGUCUUGUGGUCUCCUGAUAGCUCUUUGCGAUAGAGAUGAGAUUGAUGACUGUGCGAGGUUACAUGGCAAGCACUGGCCUUACGGUCGUGGCGUAUUCGUCACUGAUGACAAAACCGUGGCCGUGUGGAUAAACGUCCAUGAUCAUAUUCGUGUACUUGUGUCCUCAACACAAGACUCGCCGGGAGAAAUCGGCUUGCCUUUCAGCAAACUUUCUUACAUUAUGACUUAUCUUCAUGAGAAGCUAGAUUUCACAUGGGAUACAAAGUUGGGAUAUCUCUCUGCGAGGCCGACGUUCCUGGGAGUAGGCAUUCGGUUUAGCCUAAUUGUCAAUUUUCCGGGACUAUCAAAGGAUCCAGAUAAUAUGAAACAUCUUUGUGCCAUGAGAGGGUUGCAGUACCGAGAAACAUUAAGUCCUGAUAUUGCUAGAAUAAGCAACUAUCAGUGUUUAGGAGUUACUGAGACAAGUUGCUUCAACGAUUUUGCUACGGCUACAUCAAAUUUACUACACCUGGAAAAAGAUUUAUCAAUGCAAAAUUCAGCACACAUUGCAACGAUGUUAACAAAUAUUUUCCGUAAAAAACGAAAUAGUAUAACUAGUCACGAUAGCCCAGAGAAGAGGGAAAAAUAUUAGAUGUAACAUAAUGU